UCAUGACUAGGCUCUUGGCUCUUAGGACUCACUGAAGUUUCCUUUGUUGUAGGUGUGUUUGGAGCACUGUAGCUUUAAACGCUGUGAAACUACAACACGUGGAUUUCUUCACUGUUACAAACCGGCGGAUUUUUUUUUUUGUUUUUUUACCAGAGCCACUGUCGUUAACGAAUAGCUGAGAAUAUGCACUACCUGCCGGAUGACAACUCCAGGUACAAAGACGUUGACUACUGGGAUGAAAGAUACAAGACAGAGCAGUCGUACGACUGGCUGGGCAGCUUCUGCAAAUUCCAGCACCUUCUGGAAAAACACGUCGGCAAAGACGACUCGAUCCUGAUACUUGGUUGUGGAAACAGCAGUAUGAGUAGCGACAUGUACAUUGCUGGCUACCACUCUAUCACCAACAUAGACUACUCCUCAGUGUGCAUCAGUACAAUGAGUGCCAGACACAGCGACUGCCCGGGUAUGACUUGGCAUGAGAUGGAUGUCCAGCAGCUUUCCUUUCCUGACGCAACCUUCGAUGUCGUCCUAGAGAAGGCCACGUUGGAUGCCAUCAUGGUGGAAGAAAAGACACCGUGGGAGGUGUCUCCUCAGACGGCCUGUUUCAUUCACAAGGCACUCACAGAGAUUAGUCGUUGCUUGAAGCCUGGAGGGCGAUUUGUCUCCAUCACCUUCGCCAACCCUUUCUUCAGGAAGCGCUUAUACGCACGCGCAGAGUAUAACUGGUCGAUUAAGAAGUACACUUAUGGAGAAGGCUUUCAGUAUUAUGUGUAUGUGAUGACCAAAGGGGAGGAGCUCAGCCCGGAGGAUGCAGCUCUGGAGAAAAAGCUACUAGAGGAUACCAAAUCCCCACCUACCGUGGUCACCACAACACAAAAUGAGCCAGAAGAGGAGUUCCUGUCUAAUAUUGACUUGUAAAACAACCGGACUAUCUAAAGGAGUCUUAGGAAUACAUUAUCCCUGAGAUACUUCUGGACUCACUUUUAGCCUUCCUCUGUUACCAUUUUAUUUAUUUUUACAAGACAGUUUUUAUAUGGUUUUGUGAGAAAUAACUACAAUGUGUUUUUAAUUGUGUAUUUUUAAUCUGGGUAUUGAUGUCCAUAUACUGUCAUCUAUGAGGAAUGAUUAGUGAUAGAUGGUUCUGUGUACCAAACCAUCUGACAUAGGACAAAGUGGUUGUGCCAAAUAAAAGAAAUAAAACAUAACAACUUUGAAAACUACCUGUAUUACAUUGUCAGCACCAGCCAACAAAACUGUAUCAAGUAUCAAAACAUAAAUAAAACAAAAGGUGUGGAUGGAA